AUGAAUAAAGAAGCCAACAUGUUUUAUAAAUUUUCAAAUGAUUUUUAAGAAUUAAGCAGCGAUAAAUGGAAUUUAACUUUUGUUGAUUUUAUUUCUUCAACUAUUGUAGCCCCUGAUCACUUUACAAUACUUUAAAGCUAAUAAUUACUAUUACCUGGUGGAAUGAGUUUGUGUUCACUCUUGUAGAAUAAACUUACUUUAGACUACUCAAUUUAUUGUAAAGAUGUAAUGCCAUAAAAAUACAGAGAAAAUAAUUUUAGUAAAUUAAAAGAAUUUACAUUUUUAAUUGCUUAUUAGGAAGGCCUUAAAUGUAAUGACUAUGUAUUUUUAAAUCAUCUCCUUUAUAUUCUUUGCUAAAUCGAAGAUCAAAUCCAAUUAAUUUCCUUUGAUCUGGAAGGAAAUAGAUAUUAAAACAGCUACAACAUAUCUUAGGUUUAAUAAUAAUGCAAAAUAAAUUUUAAACUUUUUCAAAAUUAGUACCUUUUAGUAUACUUUUGUUAAUGCUUAAAUUGGGAAUUAAUAAUAUUUGAUUAACAACUAUAAUUUAUAAGAAGAUUUACUGAUUAAGAAAAGUAUUUGGAAGUUCAAUUUAAUUCGAAUAAGGAACUAUAAGAUCUUUUUGUAUGCUAAUAAAGGCUAUAUUUAAUAUUCGAUCGAGAAUACAUUAGUUUAUUAGUUUUAUCCGUUAUGGCUUCUGACUUUCAAAUUGAGUCUAAAGCUUAUAAUUUGAAAAUUUAAAGAUUACAAGUGUUGUAAUUAUAAAGUUGUAGAUUAGAGAAUCAAGGAAUCAAUUUAAGCGAUGCUAGUACUAUUUUUAAAGACAAAUAAUUAGAAAAUUUAAAAAUAAUAUAAAAAUUAGGGCUUUAUAUUACUUGCUUGGUUUUUAAUGAUCAAUUAAUUUUAAUGCUUACAAAUGAAAUAACUUAAACAAUUCGAUUUGAAAUUAAAUUCUUAUCUUAUAUCCCAACAAUCACCUAAUAUUUUUGGGUAGUAGAUAAUUAGAAUAAAGUUAACAUUUUUGAGAUAAAUUUAUUCUAGAAUUAUUUUACAUAUCAAUCCAAAGCAAAUUAUGUUGGAUUUUAUACAAUCAAACAAAUGAAAAUUGAGUUGAUAAGAUGCUUUGCUAUAAGUUAGUAGAUAGAUAAAUAGGAUUAUUUCAAAAAUUAAAUUGACAAACUUAAAUAUCAAAAUUAUUUAGUUUAAAUUGACGACAAUUUUGAUGGUAUUUAAAUUGAAAAGUAAAGCUUCUUUUUAAAUAGAAAUUUGCAUUUUCACUUUACUUUUCCAAGUUUAUUUUAACAAAAAAUUGAGUUGAAAAAGACGAACAGAUUAUGUUGUAUAAAUAGACAACAAUUAAACCUUGUUAGCAAAUUUUUUGCAUUUAAAAUUAAAUCAUAAAAUUAUUUUAUGUUUAAUAAAAAUGGACAUCUUGUAAUUUAUCAUUGUAAUUCAUAAAGGUUUAUGCAUUUUAAUAUUCAAAUUGAUUUAAAUUCUAUUAGAACAUAUUAUUUAAUAUAGGAGCUCUAAUUUAUUUUGGUGCAAGAAAAUGAAGGAAGAAUAAUUACUUUCAUCUAUUAGGGAAAAGCAUAAAACUCAAUACAAUAUUAAAUGUAUUUAUUUAAAGAAUAAAUUCGCACUUCUUUUACAUAUAAAAAUUAGUUGAUAGUUUAGGAUUAAAAUUCCCUUUUUUAUUUUAAUACAUAAUUAAAUAUAUUCUAAAAAUAAUCUCCCUUUAAUCAUAAUUACUUCAUUAAUUCAGAAAUUUUCAGAGAUGCCAUCUAGAUUUUCAAUUUUUUUGACAUUUUUAUUCUCUAGUAUGGAUCAUAUUUCAUUGUUCAAGUAGAAUUACUUGUUACUUUAAAAAUCUAUUUAAAUAUAGUAAUAUUAGGAGGCUACUCAAGAAGAAGUCAACCCCCAUAAGUAAUUUUGAUAGGAAUGGAUUAGAACAAGAGCAGAAUUGAUAAAUACUUAAUAACUAACAGAAAUUACUACCUGCUUUAGACCUAUUACUUUGAAGACUAUUUUCCAAUUUAACCCUUAAAUUAUUAAAUUAAUGAAUAAAAUUUCAUCAUAGCAACCCGACAACAAAGCAAUAACCAAUUUCAUUUGAUGUUAUUCAUUAUUAAUUAAAUAAAUAGUUUUGAAUGUCAUGAGAUAAUAUCUACUCCUUAUUAAUACUUUUAUGCUAUCUCUAAUAUCCUUUACUAUUACGAUGUAAAUCAAGAAUUAAUUGAGUACGACAUCAAAUAUUUGUCUUUUGAUUAUGAUGUAUAACCACUUAAGGAAAUGUUUUAUAACUUACAAUUUUAAAUAGAUAUUACAGAUGUUCAGUCCCCAAGAGAUGGCAAUAUUUAUAGUGAAAAAUUCAAUUUAUUGGCACUCAAUUUGCAAGAGGAAUUAUCCCUGGUUAAUCAAAGUGAUGCAACAAUAACUUUGAAUAAUAAUUAGGCAAUUCUAUAUCCGAAUCAGUUUUUGCAGGGAGAAUUUAUGUCAUUUGAUUUAUCAAAUACCUCUUCUUUUACCCUCCAAAGUCCAUUUAAACUUGUUUAGACAAAAACAUGUAUAAGUUUAGAUAAUAAUUUUUGUGUACUUGAACUUCUUCCAUUUAUUAAAGUAUUAGAUUUAAACACAAAUACUGAAAAUUAGUAUCUAAUUCCUUAUAGAGUCACAGAAAAUAUUAAAUUUCAUGGAUGGUAAGAUAUGGUAGUAAUAGUAGAAUUUUCAGAUUUAAAGAUAACAAUAUAAUAUUACAAAAAGGAUACGUUAAAAGUUUUACUUAUAAAUGAGUCCUAUUAGGGUAGCAAUUUAGUAUAGUAGAUAUUAAUAAUUUAAACUAGUACAUUUACUUUUUUUUAUUUUCUCGAUGAAGAAAUAAGACUUUUAGAAACUACUACAGGUAUCCAAAAUUUAUCAAUUAAUUCUAUCUUUUAUUAAAUUGACUCUGAUAAAAUUUGUAAAAUACUCUUUGAAUCUGAUAAAAUUCAUAUAUCAUGCUUUUAAAUUAAAUAGGGAGUAACUUCAUCAGUAUCAAAUUAUACAAUUCCAACUUAAGACAUUUAUAAUGCAAUAAGUUUAAGUGAUAAACUUAUAGAAUUUUCUUAUGAAUGUAAAAUUUAAGUUUUAAAUUUAACUUCCAUCGGAUAAAAUGAGCUAGACUUAAAGAUCACAGUUAAUUAUAGAAAACUAUUUUUUAUAUAUUAAUAAAUUUUAUAAUUUUAUGUUUAGAUAACUCUAAAAGAUUAAGAAUAUUAAAUUAAGUUGAAUAAUUUAAUAAAACUUUCAAAGCAUAAUGCUAAUUGUAAAAGUUUGUUAUUACAAAACAAUCUGCUAUACGUUUGUUCCAAUUUACAAAUAUUCUUAUAUAAACUCGAAAGUGGAUUUUAAUUAUUAGAUUCUUAUGCUAUCUAAAACUUAGAGCGUUAAACUAUUUCUAUCUUAAAUAAUACUCAUAUAGCUGAAUUCAAUCAAAUUAAUACUGAAGUCUCAAUAUACGAAAUCGACUAUUGGAGAUUAAUUAAAAAUGAAAACAUUAAUGUUGAGGAAGAGUAAACUGUUACAUUUAUAGCUUCAAACCUCGUAACUCAGCUUGAAUUUAAAGUAAAUGUUGUGAAACAAAGUAAUCAUGAAAAUAUCAAAAUAAAUAUUAGCUUUGUAAUCAUAGUAUGUAACGUAGUAUUUAUACAAAUGUUCAUCUUAAUUAAAAAGUAAAAGAGAGUAUGA